GCAUCGCAUCGUUCAUUCGGUUCUACGCUGCUCCUACUCUCGCCGCCGCUUCCACUUCCGCCGCCGACGCCGUCUGCGGUGCUUCUCGUGAUUGUUCAAUGUUCUGCUGCUCCGCCGCUUCGUUCUCCGCACCGCCGGCUGUGCUGUUCUCACUUCCAGUGAUGUCACCAUGAAUAGGCAAGAAAGGUUUGUUUUGAGAUUCAGGGAGGAGUAGGAAACAAUGAUUCAUGGAUUCUUUUUCAUGUUUCCAGAACCAUUUGGCAUUUGGCAAUGAUUUUCCUUCUUCUAGUGGCUAAUUCAUUGCACCACUAGCCAUGUUGCAGAUGCGUGUCUCGUUCAGCCGAAUCCCAACCUCGAAUUUCUUGUUCUUACGCCCCUUCGCUGCCACGCCAAACCUAAAGCCGAACCAGAAUGAUGCUGUUGAAACAGUUUUCGGCAUAAUCAACUCCACCUCCUCUUCCUCUUCCUCCUCAAACCUCAGGCAAUCCCUCAAAUCCAGUGGUGUUUUCCUUUCCAAUGACCUCAUUGAUGAUGUCCUCAAGAGGGCCCGAUUUAGCCAUGCUAACCCAUCCCAGACCCUCGAGUUCUUCCGAUACACCGGUGCAAGAAAAGGGUUCUACCACACCCCGUAUUCAUUUGACACCAUGCUUCACAUCCUUGGACGAAAUCGUAUGUUUGACCAAGUCUGGGAACUCUUAAUUGAAGCGAAGAAGAAAGACCGAUCGGUUAUAACCCAACGCACAAUGAUGAUUGUUUUGGCCAGAAUUGCCAAGGUCUGUUCUGUAAGGAAAACAGUUGAGUCUUUUAAAAGGCUCAAGAAGUUUGUGGUGGAGUUUGACACUGAUUGUUUCAACGCAUUGUUGAGAACACUCUGCCAAGAGAAGAGCAUGACAGAUGCUAGGAAUGUAUAUCAUGGUUUGAAGCACAAUUUUUGCGCGAAUUUGCAGACUUUUAACAUACUCUUGUCUGGGUGGAAGACCCCUGAGGAUGCAGAGGGGUUCUUUAAGGAGAUGAGAGAAAUGGGGGUGAAGCCUGAUGUUGUUACCUACAAUUGCUUGGUGGAUGUGUACUGUAAGGGCAGGGAAAUGGAGAAGGCCUAUAAGUUGCUCGAUGAAAUGCGUGGCCAGGAUUUGUCGCCGGAUGUGAUCACUUAUACUAGUAUUAUUGGUGGGUUGGGGUUGAUUGGUCAACCUGAUAAGGCGAGGAAUGUUUUGAAGGAAAUGAAGGAGUAUGGUUGUUACCCGGAUGUUCCAGCAUACAAUGCUGCCAUCAGAAAUUUCUGCAUUGCCAAGAGGCUUGGUGAUGCAUAUCGUUUGGUGGAUGAGAUGGAGAGUAAAGGGUUGAGUCCGAAUGCGACUACUUACAAUUUGUUCUUCAGGGUAUUUUUCUGGUCCAAUGAUUUGCAGAGCUCUUGGAGCUUGUACAUGAAGAUGAUGGCUGCAGGAUGUCUUCCAAACACACAGUCUUGUUUGUUCUUGAUAAAGCUGUUUAAGAGGCAGGAAAAGGUAGAAAUGGCUAUGAAGUUGUGGGGUGACAUGGUGGAGAAGGGUUUUGGAUCCUACACCUUGGUUUCUGAUUUGCUCUUUGACUUGCUUUGUGAUAUGGGGAAGUUGGAAGAAGCAGAGAAGUGUUUCUUGGAAAUGGUUGAGAAGGGGCAUAAGCCAAGCCAUGUUUCUUUCAAGAGAAUCAAGGUUCUCAUGGAACUAGCUAAAAGGCAUGAGGCUCUGCAGAACUUGACACAGAAAAUGGCCAUGUUUGGCAAACCAAUUAAAGCUGGUGAAAUUACAAGGAACCUGAGUUACAUAAGCUUAGACCAGGAGAUGAAUGAUUAUCUCGGUGAGCCAGUACAUCAACGUUAGACGUUCGGUGUAAUUGAUCUUUACUGCCUCUGCUGCGGCUAUCGUAAGCAUCAGCUGUUCAUCAUGUACGCUUUUGAGAUAAAAUGCUCGUGCAUCUUCAACAUUUUGCUUAGUGGAUGGAAGUGGAAAGCCUGCAAUUUUACCAUAAUUUAACGGUGGUUUCUUAGACUUGACUUCUGGCUCAAACAUACAAGCAUGUUUGUCAUGAUUCGAUGGUUUCCUGUUUCAUGACCCUGGGUUAACGUGGGAUGCUUGUGCACCAAGCUGCCCUUUAUUCUUGUACUCCAUGCUGUCAUGCUGACCUUCCAUAUAUUACUUUUUUCUGUUCAAAGUGGUUUAAAAAAUCUUAUGAACUUCAUAAGAUCUUCUAAGGGUUUGAUGGAUUGAAUGAUAUUACUGCCAGUUUAAUUAAUUAUUGGUGUAUUGUUGGCGGUGACCGCAACAA